GUCAUCUCCUGUGGCAGCAUACAGCAGCGGGUGCAUCUUCGGCUCCGGUGUGCGUGGUCUCCUGAGCAGUGGGCGUGUCUUUGGCGGCUGUAGCAGGCUUCACGUUGUAGAGGUGGAAGGAUUCUCAGAGAUGGACGUUCGCGGCUGCGGGCAUGGUCUACACGAAGAAGAGAUCGACAUGGUGGCAAUGGCGGUGACUGCCGUCGUCGUCAACACGAUGAGUGGUAUGUCGUUGUCCUCACGCGACAUGCUGACGCAGAUCCAUAAACGAAGAGCGUUGUUGCAGAGCAUCGCCGAAGCGCCGGAUUGCAUGGCCACGUGUGAGGCAGUCGUCCAGUUGUGUGCCGCACUGUCGUCUAGCGUUUUCCCGCGGCAGACCCCGCGUUGGUGGAUUAGACGACGGACUGGCGGAACAUGGGAGGACCUUCGCCUGUGCGAUGACGCGACGGACGAGUACUACCGCCAGAAGUUGCGCAUGUCGAUGGCCAUGUCCAGGCAGAUCAUUGCCACGUGCGCUGCAUACGUGGAGAAGAAGGUCACGCACUAUAGGAUGCCAUCGCCAGUGGAGCAGGUGAUCACUUUCACGUUGUACAGGUGGGCGUCAGGAGAGACUUACGAGAGCGGCACGUCAGCCUUCGGCAUCGGCAGGGCAACUGGACUGCAGGCCGUCCGCGACGUCACUUCGGCGCCGCUGCAGGCGUACCCCGACGCGAUAAAGUGGCCAGUGGGCCGUAGACGUCCGCAGAUUCUGCGCGCUUUCCGUGACAAGGGUUUCCCGAACUGCUUCGGUGCAAUCGACUGUACACACAUCUACAUUGACAACCGCGUCGGCGCACCUUCAGACAACUACUACGACCGCAAACAGAAGUUCUCCGUGCAGGCGCAGGUGGUGGUGGAUUUGGAUCUGUGGAUCCUCCACGUCCACAUCGGAUACCCGGGAAGUGUGCACGACGUCCGUGUCCUGUACAAUUCCCAGCUAUGGAGGCGUGCAGAAGCUGGCGAGCUGUUCGACGCACCUCCGGAGAAUCCGCCGCACGGUGUCGUCACGCGAAGUUACCUGCUAGGCGACAACGGUUAUCCAGUUGCCUGUCCAUGGAUAGUGCAGCCGUACAGAGGAAUCGACCAAGGUCCUGACGAGGAGCGCUUCAACACGCGGCAGAAGGUGGCGCGGGGGUGUGUCGAGAGGGCAUUCGAGCGACUGAAGUGCGUGUGGCGUCUCUUCUUGCGCACCCACAAGACGAACCUGGAGACCUUGCCACAACAAUUCGUGGCGGUGUGCACUCUCCACAACAUCCUCCUCGACGCGGGGAUCGACUUCGAUGAGAACCUUUUGUGGGAGGUGGAUGAGAAUGGCGUUCGGCGCAGAGUGGGGAACGGCGCGGGCGGGCGGGCGGCGGCAGCGGUGGAGCAAGAACGUGGACGGGGACUUGUUGCGGGAUGCACGUCGAGACCUCGUCGCUUUGAUGUAGGACCGUGCAAACGGGAGGGGGCGGGGGGGGGGUCAGGGUUGGGGGGGAGGUGGAAGGACAUGGGUUGGUGCGAUCGGUAGGCGGGGGGAAUUUUGUCGUGGCCCGUGUUCACGGUC